AUGAAGCCAGACACAACACUAAGGAAUGAGAUCCAGAUGCGCAGAGCAAAGCUGCAGAAGAGCAAGAGCACUGUGACACUGGCUGGAGACAGUGAGGCUGAGGACUGUGCUGGAGACUGGAGAGCUGAUGUGGGGGCUGUCCCAGAAGGUUCCUUUCCCAGUACCUAUAAAGAGCACCUGAAGGAGGCCCAGACACAAGUCCUGAAGGCCACCUCCUUCCAAUGCCGUGAUUUAGAUCCCACCCCAGCAGAUCAGUAUUCAGGACAAUCAGAACACAGGACUUGUGACCAUACUGCUGCAUCUUCUUUAUCUUCUUUCCCUGGGGAGUCAGACUCUGUCCCCCGCCUCUGUGAGGCAGGUCUGGCCAAGCCACCCUCUUCUGGAGGUGGUGUGUCUCACAUUCUUCAAAUUGGAGGCUGGAAACGGUUUGCAGCAGAACAGAAACUGAAAUCCUAUUCUGAGCCAGAGAAAAUGAAUGAAGUGGGUCUCUCAGGGGACCACAGUCCUCAUCCUAAUGUCAGGACACCUGAGGAUACUGUGGGUACAUUGGCUGACAGAUGGAAGUUUUUCGAGGAAACAAGCAAAUCUCUUCUCCAGAGGCCAAGCCACAGGCAAGCUGUCUGUGGGCUCUCAAGAGAGAAGGCUGAGAGGCCACAGACAGGGGGCCAUGAGUGUGAGAGUACAGAGUCCUGGUUCCAGAAGAGGUCACAGGCUACCUCCUAUGGAGAGAUCCUCAGUGAUGACAGAAAAGUAGAAAAGGCCUCUGAGAAAUUGAAUCCACCCAGAAGGCUUGGAACCUUCGCAGAAUAUCAGGCAUCUUGGAAGGAACAGAGAAAACCUUUGGAAGCCAGGAGUUCUGGGCGGUACCAUUCAGCAGAUGAUAUUCUAGAUCAGCAGCAGAAGCCACAGUACAUUCAUGAACGGUCCCGGUCAUCACCGUCCACAGAUCACUACUCACAGGAAGUGCCUGUUGAGCCAAACAGGCAGGCAGAGGAUUCUGGUGGGCACAAAGAAGCACUUCAGUGUACACUGCAGGCUGAGGAGGGAUGCUCUGCUCCAAGCCCAUCUGUGCUCAGCAGUGCCCAGCCACAAGACAGCCAGCAUGUGAAUGAGGAUACAACUUUCCCUCAGCCAGAAGCCCAGCUCUCUUCCAAGUGUCGACAGCUACAGACAUCAACCAUGGAAACCUCUCGCUCCCCUUCACCCCAGUUUGCCCCACAGAAGCUGACAGAUAAACCUCCCCUGCUUAUCCAUGAAGACAACUCAGCAAGAAUUGAGCGGGUAAUGGAAAACACCACUGUGAAGAUGGUGCCCAUAAAAAUUGUACACUCAGAAAGCCAGCCCGAGAAGGAGAGCUGCCAGAGUCUCGCAUGCCCAGCCGAGCUGCCCGCACUGCCCAGUGGGCUGGAGAGGGACCAGAUCAAGACAUUGAGUACAUCGGAGCAGUGCUACUCCCGCUUCUGUGUGUACACACGACAGGAGGUGGAAGUCCCUUAUAGAGCCUGCCCUCCAGAGCCCCGGCCUCCCAGCACCCCUGCACCUCCUGUCAGAGAUAGCUGUUCUUCCCCUCCCUCCCUCAACUAUGGGAAGGCCAAGGAGAAGACCGAGGAUGACUUGAAGUCUGAAGAAUUAGCCAGAGAGAUUGUGGGAAAGGACAAGUCAUUGGCUGACAUCUUGGACCCCAGUGUGAAGAUCAAAACCACCAUGGAUCUGAUGGAGGGAAUUUUCCCCAAAGACGAGUCUCUGGAGGAAGCUCAGCAGCGGAGGAAGCUGCUUCCCAAAGUCCCCUCACCUAGAGUCACAGAGGACAAGAAACAGGACUCAGGUGUGCCAGGGGUCGUGUCCUUGGCCACCAAUUCUGCCUAUUACAGCACAUCAGCCCCCAAGGCAGAACUGCUUAUCAAGAUGAAAGACCUACCAGAGCCUGAGGAGUAUUCAGGGGGUGACUUGGGCCAUGACCUGUCAGUUAAGAAGCAACAGCUCAUCAACAGUAUCAGCCGCAAGCUGCAGGUGCUCCGGGAAGCCAGUGAAAGCCUGCUGGAGGACAUCCAAGCCAAUAAUGCUCUAGGGGAUGAAGUGGAAGCCAUUGUGAAAGAUGUCUGCAAACCCAAUGAGUUUGACAAGUUCCGGAUGUUCAUUGGGGACCUGGACAAAGUGGUGAACCUCCUGCUGUCACUGUCAGGCCGCCUGGCCCGUGUAGAAAAUACCCUUAAUAAUUUGGAUGACAAUCCUUCUCCUGGAGAUCGGCAGUCACUAUUGGAGAAACAGAGAAUCCUAACCCAGCAGCAUGAGGACGCCAAGGAGCUUAAAGAGAACCUGGACCGUCGUGAGCACAUUGUGUUUGACAUCCUAGCCACCUACCUCAGCGAGGAGAACCUGGCUGACUAUGAGCACUUCGUGAAGAUGAAGUCAGCCCUUAUCAUUGAGCAGCGAGAGCUGGAAGAUAAAAUCCACUUGGGUGAAGAGCAGCUCAAGUGCUUGUUCGACAGCCUACAACCUGAGAGAAGCAAAUGAGAAGCCCAUCCCUGCAGAAGUUGGACACUGAGCCUUGGAGAUUAAUGCCUGGGAAUAUAAGAGUGAACCCAAGCCUAUUUGCCCAUCUUUGGAG